GGCAAGAGCAAAGUCGGUCCGGAGCCGUUCAACCUCCGAGCUCCCGGUCCCGAUCACCCCGGUCCCGGUGCCCGAGGAUGUGGCUGUACCUGGCGGCGGUGCUGGCGGGGCUGUACCUGCUGCGGCGUUGGCACCGGGAGCGGCAGACGGUGCCGGGGCUCUCGGAGAAGUACGUGCUGAUCACGGGCUGCGACAGCGGUUUUGGGAACCUGCUGGCGCGGCAGCUGGAGGCGCGGGGCCUGCGGGUGCUGGCCGCCUGCCUGACCCCCACCGGGGCCGCACAACUGCGGGCGGCCUCCUCGCCGCGCCUGCAGACCCUCCUGCUGGACGUCACCUCCAGCCAGAGCAUCGCCGCCGCCGCCGCCUGGGUCCGGGAGCGUGUGGGCGACCGAGGCCUCUGGGGGUUGGUGAACAACGCAGGGAUCGCCAUCCCCACCGCCCCCAACGAGUGGUUGACCAAGGAUGACUUUGUGAAAGUGCUGGACGUCAACCUGGUGGGCCUCGUCGAGGUGACGCUGAGCCUCCUGCCCCUGGUGAAGCGGGCGAGGGGCCGGGUGGUCAACGUGGCCAGCGUGAUGGGCCGCGUCUCCUUUUUCGGUGGGGGCUACUGCAUCUCUAAGUUCGGUGUGGAGGCCUUCUCCGACAGCCUCCGGCUGGAGAUGCGCCACUUCGGGGUGAAGGUCAGCACGAUCGAGCCAGGCUACUUCAAAACCCAGAUCACCAGCAUCGAGAACAUGGAGAAGAAUUUUCUUUCCAUCUGGGAGAAGGUCCCAGAGGAAACCAAAGCGAGUUACGGGCAGAAUUAUUUGAAGGAGUUUUUGGUAGAAGCCAGGAAGAUGCAGCAGAGAUGCAACCCCAACCUGCGCCUGGUGACGGACUGCAUGGAGCACGCGCUGACCAGCCGCCACCCCCGCACCCGCUACUCGGCGGGCUGGGACGCCAAACUGCUCUACAUCCCCCUCAGCUACAUGCCCUCAGCCCUCACCGACCUCAUCUUCUCCUGGUCCUACCCCAAACCUGCCCAGAAAGCCUGAGACGGGGACGCGGGGUGGGAUCCAGCGUCGCCGCAGCCGAGGCUGGGCCAAGAGGUUCCCAAAUUCCUCACUCGGUGGAAAUGAGGAAUCCCCUCGCACCCGCUGCCCCACGGGUGCAGGGCACCUCGUCUUCUCCUGGUCCUACCCCAAACCUGCCCAGAAAGCCUGAGACGGGGCGCAGGGUAGGAUCCUAGGCCCCCGAGGCCGGGCCAAGAGGUUCCCAAAUUCCUCACUCGGUGGAAGUGAGGGAUCCCCCUGCACCCGCUGCCCCGCGCUCGCAGACCCGUUUGGUUCUGAAUAAAGACAACUCCUCCUC